AGACAACUCAAACCGGAAGCGUUACGCUGAUGGCAGCCGCAGAUGUUGUAACACUGCAACAUCACAGGGCUGUCACUUUUUUUUAGAGUAAACAAAAGAAAAAGGAAAAUCCUAACAAAUUAUAAGAUGAGUGAGGUGUCUGCAGAUGCUGUCACCCUGGACCUGCUGAGAAAAGCCAGGGAGACAGUGAGGAGCAGCCCCCUGGGUGUCAUCAACACUCCCAUGAUCCCCUGGUGCCAGACCACCCUGCCUCUCAAUAUCAGCUGUAACAUCCACAUCAAACUGGAAAACAUGCAGAGAACUGGUUCCUUUAAGAUCAGAGGAGUGGCCAAUCAGUUUGCCAGAAUAUCAAAGGGUGGUCAUUUUGUCACCAUGUCUGCAGGAAACUAUGGGAAGUCAUUUGCGUACGCCUCAAAACACUAUGGGUCAAGGGGCAAGGUGGUUAUGCCCAAAACUGCCCCAAUGUCCAGAUCCAUCCUCAUACAGAGUUUCGGGGUGGAGGUGGAGCGAGUUUCCACCUUCAGCCUGAUGAAUGUGGUAAACCGCUGCAUUCAGGAGAACAACAUGACAUUCCUGCACUCAUAUGAUGAUCUGGACCUAAUAGCAGGACAUGCCAGUCUCGGUAUGGAGGUGCUGGAGGUGAUUCCUGAGCCUGAUGUGGUGGUGGUGUGUUGUGGUGGAGGGGGGCUGCUGGCCAGUGUAGCUGCUGCCAUCAAACUGUCCGGCUGUGAUAAGACCAGGAUCUAUGGUGUGGAACCAGAAGGAGCCUGCACCAUGUACAAAAGCUUCAUUCAGAAGAAACCAGUGGGCAUGGACACCAAGAGCAUUGCCUCAGGUCUUGCACCACCUUUUGCAGGCAGGCUACCCUACGAGUUGUGCCAGCGUUACGUGGAGGCGAUCGUCCUGGUGACUGAUGAGGAGAUCAAGGUGGCGGUGUCCACUCUCUUCAGGUCUGGACUCGUGGUGGAGCCAUCGGGCACUGCUGCCUUCGCUGCCAUUGUUAACAACAAGAUACCUGAGCUGGAGGGAAAGAAUGUUGUGUGCGUCCUCAGCGGAGGGAACAUCGGAAAAGACGAGCUUGCCAACUUCCCAGAUUGACAGACAUCUUUAGAACUACUAUAUGACUAAUUUUGACAAGAUUGUGCCAAUGUAUGGCUGCUGGGGAGGAAUCAAGGACAAACUGUAUGACUUAUUGAGUUUAUGUUGUAUCAUAUUUGUUCUGAUGGAGGUGGAGAUGAAUUAUGAUCAAAUGUUAUUUAUCUACAUAAUUUGAGUUAUUACAAAAUGUCGAUGACCAAACUUUAAAUGGUCUCUUGAUAACCAUUUAAAGUACCACAAUCUCAAGUAAAUCAAUAUAUAUUUCAUUUCAAUGGAAAUGUUGUUCUCUUUAGUGUAUGGAACUGCAGUCUCUGUUAAUAAACACCUUGAUCUCAUUUUGAGUAGGCAAAUGUU